AUGCAAGGUACUGACAGCUCCGACCCUCUCUACUACACCAGCCCCGAUCUGGCCAUUGGAAUUACCGGGUUCACCAUACGAAACCCCAGCACAGGAAAAAUCUACUUUAACCGCAACACAGCGUCGCCAGACGUUGGUCAAAUAGAGCUCUUACCAGACGUUCCUCCCACAAACGGCAUUUGCUACAUCCUUCCUACAGAGUUCCUGCGCGCAUCGGCCAUCGCAUGUCAGAUUGUGAUUACUAACAGAGGAGAUGAACCCAUAAGCGGCAUAAAGAUAGUCGAAGAGCACAUCCUUCAAGGAGUUCCUCUUCAGCGGUACGACUUUGACCUCAUGUUUCUUGCCCCUAGAACGCAGAAUACAUGGGAAACACUAUAUGAGCCUGAAUUCAAGCGUGGACACAACUUCGAGGAGCAAGCCCUCGCGGGUCCGUGGAUCAUUAUCACGUCGUUGUAUAUUAGUGACAAGCUGAUGCUGCGCAAUCGGGCACAGCUGAAGUUUCAGUGA